AUACAGUUCUCAUUUUGUAUUGUUAUCCGUAGUCUGCAGUGCAUAAGUUUUCUACUGAAAAGUAUGUCAUAUUUGACAAUCAUUGUUUACACGUAAUUUUCUCUCUUUUUAUUACAAUGCUUCCCCAGCAAGGACAAGUUUGGAAGGCAUGUGGAGAUCCCAAGGCUAAACCAUCCUACCUUAUUGACAAAAACCUGGAAUCUGCUGUGAAAUUCAUAGUCAGAAAGUUUCCUGCUGUAGAAACACGCAACAACAAUCAACAGCUUGCACAACUACAGAAAGAAAAAUCAGAGAUUUUGAAAAAUCUGGCGUUAUAUUACUUUACAUUUGUAGAUGUUAUGGAAUUUAAGGACCAUGUCUGUGACUUGCUGAAUACUAUUGAUGUUUGCCAAGUCUUCUUUGAUAUUACUGUGAACUUUGAUUUAACAAAGAACUACUUAGAUUUGACUGUAACCUAUACAACUUUAAUGAUAUUGCUGUCCCGGAUUGAAGAAAGGAAGGCAAUCAUUGGACUAUACAACUAUGCACAUGAAAUGACCCACGGAGCAAGUGACCGAGAAUACCCACGCCUUGGUCAAAUGAUUGUGGACUAUGAAAACCCUUUAAAAAAGAUGAUGGAAGAAUUUGUACCCCAUAGCAAGUCUCUUUCAGACGCGCUGAUUUCUCUUCAGAUGGUGUAUCCUAGACGGAACCUUUCGGCAGAGCAGUGGAGAAACGCCCAAUUGUUGAGUCUCAUCAGUGCACCAAGUACAAUGCUCAACCCUGCCCAGUCUGACACUAUGCCUUGUGAAUAUCUCUCCUUGGAUGCAAUGGAGAAAUGGAUUAUCUUUGGCUUUAUCCUGUGCCAUGGGAUGCUGAAUACGGAGGCCACAGCACUGAACCUUUGGAAGCUAGCUCUUCAAAGUAGCUCUUGCCUAUCUCUCUUCCGGGAUGAAGUUUUCCACAUUCACAAAGCUGCAGAAGACUUAUUCGUAAACAUUCGGGGCUACAAUAAACGUAUUAAUGACAUAAGAGAAUGCAAGGAGGCAGCUGUAUCACAUGCUGGCUCAAUGCACAGAGAAAGGCGCAAGUUCUUACGGUCUGCACUGAAAGAACUGGCAACCGUCCUCUCUGAUCAGCCUGGCCUGCUUGGUCCCAAGGCACUUUUUGUUUUCAUGGCAUUAUCUUUUGCCCGUGAUGAAAUUAUCUGGCUACUCCGUCAUGCAGAUAACAUGCCAAAGAAGAGUGCAGAUGAUUUUAUAGAUAAGCACAUUGCUGAGCUGAUAUUUUACAUGGAAGAACUUAGAGCCCAUGUCAGGAAGUAUGGGCCAGUAAUGCAGAGGUACUACGUGCAGUACCUUUCUGGCUUUGACGCGGUCGUCCUCAAUGAGCUUGUACAGGUAAGAAGUCUCCUAAUUUCCUUUGUUCUUUGUUUCCCACCUGUUGACAUAUGUACAACACUUGAAGAUGGGGAAGUAUUUGAUUUCAGAGGGAUGAGAUUAGAUUGGUUUAGGUUACAGGCAUACACUAGUGUCUCCAAAGCUUCACUUAGCCUUGCAGAUCACCGAGAACUUGGAAAGAUGAUGAAUACAAUAAUAUUUCAUACAAAAAUGGUAGAUUCCUUGGUGGAAAUGUUGGUAGAAACAUCAGAUCUCUCCAUAUUUUGUUUUUACAGCCGUGCUUUUGAGAAGAUGUUUCAGCAGUGCUUGGAGUUGCCCUCUCAGUCAAGAUACUCAAUAGCAUUUCCUCUCCUCUGCACUCACUUCAUGAGCUGCACACACGAGCUGUGUCCCGAAGAGCGCCAUCACAUUGGAGACCGCAGUCUUUCCCUCUGUAAUAUGUUCCUGGAUGAGAUGGCCAAACAAGCUCGGAACCUCAUCACUGAUAUUUGCACAGAACAGUGUACUCUUAGUGACCAGUUACUGCCUAAGCAUUGUGCCAAAACCAUCAGUCAGGCAGUGAAUAAGAAGUCAAAAAAACAGACUGGCAAGAAAGGGGAACCUGAAAGGGAAAAACCAGGUGUUGAGAGCAUGAGGAAAAACAGGCUGGUCGUGACCAACCUUGAUAAGUUGCACACUGCACUUUCAGAGUUAUGCUUCUCCAUAAAUUAUGUUCCAAACAUGGUAGUGUGGGAGCACACCUUCACGCCGCGCGAGUAUUUGACUUCUCACCUGGAAAUACGCUUCACUAAAUCAAUUGUUGGAAUGACUAUGUAUAAUCAAGCUACACAGGAAAUUGCAAAACCAUCAGAGCUUCUAACAAGUGUAAGAGCAUACAUGACUGUACUCCAGUCCAUAGAGAACUAUGUGCAGAUCGAUAUCACCAGAGUAUUUAAUAAUGUUCUUCUUCAGCAAACCCAGCACUUAGACAGUCAUGGAGAGCCAACCAUUACAAGUCUGUACACAAAUUGGUACUUAGAAACUUUACUAAGACAAGUCAGCAAUGGCCAUAUAGCUUAUUUUCCUGCAAUGAAAGCAUUUGUGAAUUUACCCACAGAAAAUGAAUUAACAUUCAAUGCAGAGGAAUAUUCUGACAUAUCAGAAAUGAGAUCAUUAUCAGAGCUCCUAGGCCCAUAUGGGAUGAAGUUCCUAAGUGAGAGUCUUAUGUGGCAUAUUUCAUCACAAGUUGCUGAACUUAAGAAACUUGUGGUGGAGAAUGUUGAUGUGCUAACACAAAUGAGGACCAGCUUUGACAAGCCAGACCAGAUGGCUGCACUCUUUAAAAGAUUGUCAUCUGUUGACAGUGUCUUGAAAAGGAUGACGAUAAUCGGUGUCAUUUUAUCCUUCCGGUCAUUGGCACAAGAAGCACUGAGAGAUGUUUUAUCCUACCACAUUCCUUUCCUCGUGAGUUCCAUUGAAGAUUUCAAGGAUCACAUUCCAAGGGAAACUGACAUGAAGGUUGCGAUGAAUGUCUAUGAGUUGUCAUCAGCUGCUGGAUUACCGUGUGAGAUUGACCCUGCCUUAGUCGUAGCUCUCUCCUCACAAAAGUCAGAGAACAUUAGUCCAGAAGAAGAGUAUAAGAUUGCUUGUCUCCUGAUGGUCUUUGUAGCAGUUUCCUUGCCUACUCUGGCCAGCAAUGUGAUGUCGCAGUACAGCCCUGCUAUAGAAGGACACUGCAACAAUAUACAUUGUUUGGCCAAAGCCAUCAACCAGAUCGCUGCAGCUUUGUUUACAAUUCACAAAGGAAGUAUUGAAGACCGACUUAAAGAAUUCCUGGCGCUUGCGUCUUCCAGUCUACUGAAAAUCGGCCAAGAGACAGAUAAAACUACAACAAGAAAUAGAGAAUCUGUUUAUUUGCUACUGGAUAUGAUUGUACAGGAAUCACCAUUCCUAACAAUGGAUCUCUUGGAAUCUUGUUUUCCUUAUGUAUUGCUGAGAAACGCAUACCAUGCUGUCUACAAACAAAGUGUUACAUCUUCUGCAUAGAAUACUUACUCAAGACAAGCACGAGUUUUUGUUGCCUUGUUUAUCUGUAAACUGUGGAACUCUUUUACCUUAAAGCCUGAAAACAGUUUUGUGGAUCAAAUUUUCUUCAUGCUGUUGUAUUUUCUGAUCAUUGGCUUCCUAAUAUGGUUGUACUACGGUAUACUUGGUUGAUUUAGUUGCACAUUCUCAAAACUCAGUGAAAUUCUAUGAUUUUAGAGUAUCAUUUGUUUGAAAUACCAUAACACUAUGUUUUUGAUAACUGAUAAUGAAAAAAAUCUUUGCUUGUUUAUUUCUGAAAAUGAAUUGUAUUUAGUGAUUAUUUUAGAUAGUGAUAUGAUAGCACUCAUCUGUGUGUAAAUUAUUUCAUAUAGGGAGAGUUCUGAUCUGUAACUAUGGUUCUUACUAAGAUCAAGACUGGAUGUGCAUUUCUGUGAUGCUUACGAAUACAUUUCUACUUUAUUUUGAACAUUUGCCAAACUAAAUACUCUAACACUAUUUAACCUUAGAGAUGUUAGACAGCGUGAGCAUUGGAAGCAGAUUCUGAGUCUCUCAAACAGCAGCGUACGCUGUUGCCUGUAGAAAGCCUACUGAUGAUCUCGCCCCAUGUCCCCGGUUGGCAUCAGCACUACCACAUACCCUGCUGUAUAAUAACACCCAAGACACUUGUCAACUGUUGAUACAGGCGUUAGUCCCAAACCACUUUUUAUAUGUUUUAAAUUUUGAAAUUCAAGUGUACCUGCCAUAACAUAAAUAAACACUAGACUGUAUCACA